GAGCAUUAAGACCCCAUUGGACAAUAAUAUGCCCAGCAUAACUGCUAUUAAUUCCAAGGGAAAUGACAAAGAACUAUACAACCCUGUAUAAAUACAUGUUUUUAGAUCCCCCUCCAACCAUCCCAAUCUCAACAAGCUUCCACUGUCUCUCUGCCUGGCUCUUUCAAUAUUAAAAAAUAUAUAUAUCCUUCCAAUUUCUGCUAUGGUUAUGAUGAAGAAGAAACCAGGCCAGGGACGCCAAAAGAUUCCAAUUGCCAAAAUAGCCAAGAGAAGUAAUUUACAAGUCACAUUCUGUAAACGUCGUUCAGGGCUCUUCAAGAAGGCUAGUGAGCUCUGCACCGUUUGUGGUGUUGAGAUUGCAAUAGUUGUCUUCUCUCCUGCCAAUAAACCCUUCUCCUUUGGCCACCCUCAUGUUGAGUCCAUCGUUGACCGCUUUCUUUGCACUCCAAAACCUUCCACAGACUCUGAUUUCACUUCUCAACAACUACUUGUUGAUCAGGCUCAGGGCUACAUGAGUGACAGUAGUGUUCACGAGCUUAAUAUGGUGUUAAUUCAGACUCAAAAACAUUUGGAGGCUGAGAAAAAGCGAGGACAAGAGCUUGACGAGAUGAGCAAAGGCGGCCAGGGAUCAUCGAGACGGUGUUGGUGGGAAAACCCAAUUGAUCAAAUGGGACUGCAUGAGAUACAGAUACUGAAGGCUGCAAUGAAGGAGGUCAAGAAGAAUGUGAUUGAACAAGUGAACAAGAUUUUGAAGAUCCAGUCUUGUGCUGCUAUCAAUUCUCAGUACCACUCUUCAGAUGAAUGGUAAUCGCUAAUCAAAGUGAUGAUCAUCUCUUUGAAAGCAAACCCGCAAUCAAAUUAGACCUGCUGGUUCUUUGAUCCCUAGUAGUGCCUAUAACUUUGGUUAUGUGCAUGGUCUUGUCUGAAUUUUCCUUUCUGUUAAUGCUUUUCCGUCUUUUGAAGGCAGUGAUAAAGCUAGCAGCUCGUUAGGCUAGCUGGUAGUCUUGCAUCUGAGU